AUGGGUGACACCACAAAGCCAAGGCUACAGCAACUGGUCACUCCGGAGGAUAAAGAGAGCCUGAUCAGUGGUACCAGAUAUUCUGUUAUCAGCUCUGGGCUACGACCAGAUUUUGGAAUCAAAAGUUUGACAGAGUAUCUGAAGCAUAGCUGCAAGCCCUUGGUCCUGCAGCUACUGUCCUUCCUGUUCCUGGCUGGGCUCCAUUCUUGGCCUAGAGCGCCAAGCAUCUGUUUCCCUGUGGAGUGGGCCUUAAAUCCAAGCAGAAAGCAGGUGGUUUCCCCCAUAGCAUUCAUGCUGACGCUGCAUCCACAGACCUUCCUGCAGCAGACUUCUAAGGCUAAAGGACCAACCUGGAUGGGGCUGUCAGACCUGUAUAAUGAAGCCACGUGGCACUGGGUGGAUGGCUCACCUCUGUCACCCAGCUUUGUGCAGAAUUGGAAUAAAGGGGAACCCAAAAAUGUAGAAGAGGAAAAUUGCACAGAGUUCUCUAGGGAUGGCUGGAAUGAUCUCAAAUGUGAUACCCUGAAUUUCUGGAUCUGUAAGAAAGCUUCAACCUCAUUGUGCACCACCAAAUGA